AUGGAUGUGAUGGUGGGAGGCCAAGACAGUAGUCAUGAGGGUGCUGUUAUCCGUCUAAGAUGGGUCAUCCAGGGGGAGGGGGAAUGCCCGUCUCUUGCUGAGGCAAUGGACCUAGUGAUAGCCGGGAUGGAGGUAGAUCUUCAGGCGAAGAGGAACAAGGCGUUCCCUCAAGUGCACGUGCCAAGUACCAGUGGUAACAGUCGGAGUGGAUUUUUGCUUAAAACGUUUUUUUUAAAAAAACGGAAACCACUCGGCCGUGUUCUGCUCUCUCUACUCCCUCUCCCUCACCGUGUGGGAAACCAUGGCAACGCGAGGGCCGGGGGCACGAUUAGGGUUUCGGACAUGGAGAAGAUGAGUGUGGAGCAGCUCAAAUCCCUCAAGGAGCAGUCCGACCUCGAGGUCAAUCUCCUCCAGGACAGCCUAAACAAGAUCCGGACCGCCGCCACCCGCCUCGAGAUCGCCUCCUCCGCCCUCCACGACCUCUCCCUCCGCCCCCAAGGGAAGAAGCUGCUGGUCCCUCUCACGGCGUCUCUCUACGUUCCCGGCACCCUCGAUGAUGCCGUUAAAGUUCUCGUUGAUGUCGGGACUGGAUACUUCAUCGAGAAAACCAUGACUGAGAGCAAGGACUAUUGUGAUCGAAAAAUUAAUUUACUCAAAUCUAAUUAUGAGGAACUUAUUGAGAUGGCUUCCAAAAAGAAAAACGUAGCAGAUGAAGCUGGAAUUAUCUUACAAGCAAAACUCAGGCAAUCAUCUUCAAGUGCAUGAGAAUACAAAGUGGCAACUAUUUGUAAUUCUUGAAAUUCAUAGUUGGGCACUUGAAUGUUUGGUCCCACGUAAAAAACUUGGUUUAUUUGCAUCUCUCAGGUGGUUUUUUUUUCCCUUCAAUUAGAUGUUCCUGUCACCUUGCCUGUAUUAUUCCAAGUACAUGUCAAUGUCAAUAGAUCUUAAAACUGGCUGUUGGUUUAAGUACUUGGAACACAGGAAAAUAUGGAGUUUUUGUAUGUUU